AUGGGCGGCGGUCCGAAGGAGCUGAGGAGGGCGUACGACGACGGAGAGUCCAUGCAGCGGCCCAUGCCUCCCGUCGACGACCAGGCUGUUAAUGAGAUGAGACAGCCGUCCAAGUUCCGAGAGCGCAUGCAGAUACUGGAUGAGUACCCAAACUUCCUGGUCUUCUUCGAGAAGGAAAUCUCAGCAAAGGGACGCUGGAAGGACGUCGUCAAUGAAUACUGCUUCAGCCGGACGCCGCUCGCCGAUUUCAUGUUGGCGCAGCUGUUCGAAGGCCUGUACCACCCAAUCAUUCACUUAGGCUUUGGUAUCGAAUUUGACCUUUCUGGCCUCGUAGCCGAGGGUCUGGCCCAGGCAGCAAGCCAAGAUGGUAUGGGGAUUGACGUCUUCUUCCAACGAUCCGAGAAGCUGGCCCAGUCGCGCUCAGUCGCCCGCACGCCUCUCGCCAAGCUAUACACCCAGGUCCGGGCCAACGACACCGUCCGGACCGCCGCACGCGUAAGCGACGGACCGUGGAAGGUCCGCGACGGCGUGCUGGGGCGCGCAAUGGGGGAAAUCACCCAGCUGGCCGCGCAGUUCCAGGUCCAGCCCACGGAGGACGACAUCGAGCGCGCCACGGCCGAAAUGAUCAGCUGCGCUGCGUGGGCGUGCGCCACCGCGCACAAGCCGGGCAGGGAGCGCAAGAUCGACUUCUUCCUGAUGCACAAUGUCACCUGCUCACUGUUCCUCACUGUCCUGGGUCGGCAGUCAUGGAUCCGUGUUGAGGACAGGGCCCGCCUGGUCGAAUGGAAGGCCCGCCUCGACCUCGUGUGGUACGCGGCUUCUGCUGCGCCUGAUCUCCAGCCGGAGAACCUGCUCGAAUAUGAGCCAACGCUCAGCAGGGGCAUGGACUGGGGCCAGAUCUACCAGGACGUGAAUCAGCAUCAUGACGAUGGUCAUGUCGCAAAAUUCAUUCGUGCCCUUAAGAAUGGCGAGGAGGCGGCGUUGCCAUUUGAGCAUCAUGAAGCCAACGGCGGCACUACGGACGGCAAUUCUGUCGACUUCCUUCCUGUAAAUGGCGAAAUGUGGUUGAGGGUUGCCCAGCUGUGUUACGACACGACCAUACCUCAUGCUGAUGGCCAGAAGAAGUGGGUUUGGGGCGCCGGAUUUGAUCCGAUGUGGGACGCGAUUCCGGAACACUUGAAGGAUACAUAUAGGUAG